UUUUGACAGUAACCGAGAUCUUUCCGGAUCACAUUCCAAUAUCUCCGGCAAUGGCCACAAUGGAGAGCUUGAUUGGGCUGGUCAAUAGAAUCCAAAGGGCCUGCACCGUCUUGGGCGAUCAUGGCGGCGAAGGCUCCCUCUGGGAAGCGCUUCCCUCCGUCGCCGUCGUCGGAGGUCAGAGUUCUGGGAAGUCAUCGGUCUUGGAAAGUGUUGUUGGAAGAGACUUUCUGCCCCGUGGAUCGGGUAUUGUUACUAGGAGGCCAUUGGUGUUGCAAUUACACAAGAUAGAAGGGGCAUCUGAGCAUGCAGAGUUUCUUCAUGCACCAAAGAAGAGGUUCACUGAUUUUGCUGCUGUGAGGAAGGAGAUUGCAGAUGAAACAGACCGUAUUACAGGGAAGACUAAGCAAAUCUCCAACGUUCCAAUUCAACUGAGCAUUUAUUCUCCAAAUGUUGUAAACUUAACCCUCAUAGAUCUUCCUGGACUGACAAAGGUUGCUGUGGAGGGACAACCAGACAGUAUUGUUCAAGAUAUUGAAAAUAUGGUCCGCUCUUAUGUUGAGAAGCCUAAUUGCAUUAUACUGGCAAUCUCUCCUGCUAAUCAAGAUAUUGCCACUUCUGAUGCUAUAAAGCUUGCAAGAGAAGUUGAUCCUACAGGUGAAAGAACUUUUGGGGUGCUAACGAAACUUGAUCUGAUGGACAAGGGAACAAAUGCUCUGGAUGUUCUUGAAGGAAGACAAUACAGGCUUCAACAUCCCUGGGUUGGGAUUGUGAACAGAUCACAAGCAGAUAUCAACAAAAAUGUCGACAUGAUUAAUGCUCGUCGAAAGGAGCAGGAGUAUUUCGAGUCUAGCCCAGAAUAUGGACACUUGGCACAUAAGAUGGGUUCAGAGUAUCUGGCAAAACUUCUAUCCAAGCAUUUGGAGACUGUUAUCAGGCAGCGUAUACCGAGUAUAAUUGCAUUGAUAAAUAAGACAAUUGAUGAGCUUAACGCGGAGUUGGACCGAAUCGGCAGGCCUAUUUCUGUAGAUGGAGGGGCCCAGCUCUUAACGAUUUUGGAAAUGUGUCGUGCAUUUGACCGCGUGUUUAAGGAACACAUUGAUGGAGGGCGACCAGGUGGUGAUCGGAUAUAUGGUGUUUUUGACAAUCAACUACCAGCUGCCAUGAAAAAGCUUCCAUUGGAUCGGCAUCUCUCUCUAAAUAAUGUCAGGAAAGUUAUUUCAGAAGCAGAUGGGUACCAGCCCCAUUUGGUUGCUCCAGAACAAGGGUACAGAAGACUGAUUGAUGGAUCUCUCGGUUACUUCAAAGGCCCAGCUGAAGCCUCUGUUGAUGCUGUACACCUCGUUCUGAAAGAACUUGUGAGGAAGUCCCUAGCACAAACACAGGAAUUGAAGCGAUUCCCAUCGCUUCAAUCUGAUAUAGCAGCUGCUGCAAAUGAUGCACUGGAGAGAUUUCGUGAUGAAAGCCGAAAGGCAGUUUUAAGGCUGGUUGAGAUGGAAUCUACUUAUUUGACUGUAGAAUUUUUCCGCAAGCUUCAUUUUGAAUCAGAGAAGAAUCCUCCUGCAAAUGCCCCAGGUCCAAAUGUGGACCGAUACUCAGAAAAUCACCUCAGGAGGAUCGGAACAAAUGUCACAGGUUACGUUAAUAUGGUUUGUGAUACACUCAAGAAUUCAAUCCCCAAGGCAAUUGUUUUUUGCCAAGUCCUGCAGGCCAAGAAAAAUCUGCUCAGCCAAUUUUAUGCUCAAGUUGGGAGGAGGGAGAAGGAGCAGCUUGGGAAAAUGUUGGAUGAGGAUCCAUCUUUGAUGGAAAAGAGAAACCAACUAGCCAAGAGGCUUGAACUGUACAAGUCCGCCAGAGAUGAAAUCGACUCGGUUGCAUGGAAGUGAUUGAUGCCAGAUUGCAGAUUACCAGAUCACUAGAUUAAGAAGCUAAUUCAUAUUCUUUCCCUGCUCAAAAUAAUGAAAGCCCAGAUGCAGCUUGAGGAGCUGGUCUGCCAUGUGCUUCACAAUUUUGUUCUUUUCUUAAACAGUAAUUUUUCUCUCUUCACCAUCAAGUUUCAGGUAUAUAUACAUUAAUUCUUAUUCUGCUUCAUUCGUUCUCGUUAAUGGUAAUGGUAUUUUUCUAAUAGAAAUGAGAAUGUCUUGCGAACUCUUUCCAGUGUUUCUUGUAGACUUUGGUCAAAUUGGUACCAUGAUGUUUAAAAAGCAGCUCGUAGUUUAUGUGUGUAAUUAACUCUAUAAACCUUGCCACAUUUGAA